AUGUACCUGUCACGGACGCACGACAUGGUCUGUCCGACCUUUGGCAUGCCCCGAAAAGGAAUCGACCAAAGGGAAGCAUUUCCACGGCCGGAACAGGACGCGGCAGCAAUCAACGACUCGCGAGCAAGUCGAUCGAGAAAACGGAUGAGACGGGCGCGGGAGACGGGAAGGAGUUGGGAACUGGACACGAUCAGCGACCCCCGAGAUCUGACAAGACGCUGGUACUCAGUCGGAAUACGGCCAGAGAGGGGAGAAAAGGGUGACUGCAUUGCACGAAGCGAGACCUGUGCCACCACAGACGAUUGA